AAACUGUUACAAUAAUAUUGGCGAACCAGUCGCUCGGUAAACAUCCAAAUUAAAACACCAAAUGUUCUCUGCUAAAAAAAUAUAAAAUACCUAGUUAAAUCAUGAAAAGUGGAAAUGUGAUUGUGGUCUUAAGCCUAAGUCUGAUCCUGAGCUGCCAUGGCUCCUUCGUGGAAGGGAGGCGACGGGAGUUCCCUCAGGACUUCAUUUUCGGAGCCGCCACCUCGGCAUACCAGACAGAGGGCGCCUGGGACGUCGAUGGAAAAACUCCAAGCCUCUGGGACUACCACACCCACACUUAUCCUGACAGCAUCAGCGACCAGAGCAAUGGAGAUAUAGCGGCUGACUCCUACCACCACUACCUCAGAGAUGUGGAGAUGCUCAGAGAGCUGGGUGUCCAAUCCUACCGGUUAUCUAUAUCCUGGACCAGACUGCUACCGACUGGCUUCACCAACAAAGUCAACCCAGCUGGCGUCGAAUACUACUCGAAGUUCAUCGAUGAAUUACUAAAGUACAACAUCACACCUCUAGUCACAAUCUUCCACUGGGACGUCCCACAGAAUCUACAGCAGCUGGGAGGGUUAACCAACCCUCUGUUUGUGGACUGGUUUGAAGACUACGCGAGAGUGGUAUUUGAGCUUUUCGGCGACCGGGUAAAAUUCUGGAUCACGAUAAAUGAGCCAAAGCAGAUUUGCCUGUUUGGUUAUGGGAGCACUAGACUGGCGCCGCAGUUGAACGCUGGUGGGGUGGCGGACUACAUCUGUGCUAAGACGAUCUUGCUGGCCAAUGCCAGAGCGUACCACCUGUACAAUGAAGAGUUCAGGUCGAAGCAAGGGGGACAGGUGGGGCUGGCCGUGGAUGUGCCCUGGUAUUCGCCUCACACUGAUACGAAUGAAGACGAGUUCGCUACAGAGUUGCAGAGGCAGUUUGAUUGGGCUCUCUACACGGACCCAAUCUUCAGCGACAGCCGUGGCUGGCCAGCAGAGUUCUCUGAACGCAUCCUGAACAAGAGUCUCUCCCAGGGGUUCCCGCGGUCCCGCCUGCCGCCCCUUAGUCGCGAGGAGGCGGAGUAUAUCCACGGGACUGGAGACUUCUUGGGGGUCAACCAUUAUGUUAGCAAUCGGGUAUCGGCCAGCAAGUUCCUCAAGGAGCAUGCAGUGCCAUCGACGUAUGACGACGCAAAUGUGGGGACGUCAGUGCCUGAUGACGAAGAGGGCUGGACUGUCUCUGAGUUUGGAAUUAUGCCGCUAAAAUUGAACCUCCUGUUACAGCAAGGCCCCAACAACCUGUACCACGUGCUGUCCCAGCUGUCCUGCCGGUAUACAACCCGCUACUACAUCACAGAGAGCGGGGUCCCGACCGGUCCAGGCCUGAACGACACGUACCGAGUCACUGCAUACAGGAAUAACCUGGAGAGUGUGCUCAACGCUAUCGAUGAGGGGAUCCCAAUCAAAGGGUUCUACGCUUGGAGUUUGAUGGAUAAUUUUGAGUGGCUUUCAGGCUACACACGCCGCUUCGGCCUUUACGACGUAGACUUCACGGAUCCGGCGCGGCCGCGGACCGCGAAGCACUCGGCGUUCGUGUACAAACACAUCGUGACACACAGACACAUCGACCACGAGUACGACCCCGCCGGCAGGACCAUGUCCAUUGAUUAGGGAAAUAAACUGUUGAAAAGAAA